AUGUUGAUGGUCACGCCCACAAGCAGGCUUCUCCUCUUCCACAUUUACGCCAGCUGCUGUUGCUUCCUCCUCUCCUACCAUGUCUUAGAGGGAUCCGCUGCCUCACCCUUCUCCUUCAGCUUCGACUUCUCCGACAGAUCCACGUACUACUACGAAGACCUCCUAUUCGAGGGUGAUGCAUCACAGCAUGACGAGGUGGUCGACCUCACCUGUAACACGAGGUCGAAAGCCCGCUUCAAUUGCAAGGGGAGGAUGUCAUACAAUCACCCGGUGCCGUUCUACCAAACCACUACCGGUGAGGUGGCCAGCUUUUCCACGCGGUUCAACUUCGCAAUAGGGUUCCCCGGAAAAUAUACUGGCGACGGCAUGGCCUUCUUCCUCUCCAGUAACCCAUCCAUGCUGCCGCUCAACUCCGCUGGGGGCAACCUCGGCCUCCAUAACGGCGAUGGGAUCACCGCCAAGGCCACAGACCGAAUCGUCGCCGUCGAGUUCGACACAUUUGAAAACUAUUUUGACAGCUCACCCAGUCACAUCGGCAUCGACAUCAACACUGUCCGGGCCUCCGUUAACACAACAAGCGUCAACGGCUCCAUCAAUGGCUCCAUGACGGCGAUCAUCACUUUCAACAGCAGCACUCUCAUGCUGGUGGCAAGUCUGCACUUUGAUGAUAAACCUUCUCGUCCCUCCUAUCAAGCUCCGGUGCGUGUCAGUACGCAGUUAACCAAUCCCGUCACGGACUUGCUUCCUUCAGAGGUGGCGGUGGGGUUUUCCGCGGCCACCGGUGCAAACGUUGAGCUUCAUCAAAUUAGGUCCUGGUCCUUCAGCUCUACACUUGCUCGCGAAGAAAAAAAGAUACUGGUUAUUGUUGGAGCCGUUGGAUCUGCCACAGUCCUGGCAAUUGUAUUAGUCCUGGUUUGGUUCCUUCUAGCAUGUUCCAGGUGGAGGCGCACACGCGAUUCCUUUGGGCGGGGAAUUUAUGGACUUAGGAGGUUUGAGUACAGCGAGUUGGUCGGAGCAACAGGGAGAUUCUCCAGGGACAACACACUUGGAGCUGGUAAUUUCGGCAUAGUAUAUAAGGGGAGCUACACUGACGAUUAUGGCAACCAAGAAGUGGCUGUGAAGGAAAUAAAGAAGACUACAGGAGUAAUUGAGGAUUUCAUGUCCGAACUCAAGACAAUUAGUGCAACAAGGCACGUGAAUCUAGUCGAGCUGAAAGGAUGGUGCUGCAGCAGAAACAUAUGGAACUUGAUCGAUUUUAUGUGUUGGUGCAGACAACAAAGGGUUAAACUCUUUCUUGUGUAUGAAUUGGUGCCUAAUGGCACACUGGAGGAGCACCUACACAGCAUGGAGGAAACUCUACCAUGGGAAAAGAGGUAUCAAAUAGUUAAGGGCAUAGGGUCUGCACUUCGUUAUCUCCAUCACGAGUGCAAUAAAACCAUCUUGCACAGAGAUAUCAAGCCAGGCAACAUACUACUGGACAAUGAUUUCAACGCCAAGCUCGCUGACUUUGGGCUAUCGAAGAUUAUCGCCAGCAAAAACAAUACAACACUUGUUACAACUGCUAUAGGGACAAUCGGAUACAUGGAUCCAAAGUGCAUGAAAGAUGGGAAAGUCAAUUUCAACCGUAAGUAUGAUGUCUACAGUUUUGGAAUUCUUCUACUAGAGAUUGCAAGUAGAAAGUCCAGGGAGCAAGUCAUGGAGCAGUAUAGAAACAGCGCAGAAUCACCAAUGGUGGAGGUCGCUGAUGAGAAACUGAAUGGUGUCUUCGACAAGACGCAAAUGGAGCGUGUGAUUGUCCUAGGCCUCAAGUGCUCUGAACCCGAUGAGAAACAACGCCCUUACAUGGUGGAUGCAAUGAAAUUCCUGGAGGACGGCAUAAAGUUACCUGCUAUAACCGAAAUAAAUGGCCAACUAUGUGCACCAGGCACUAUUAGCUCUAACCAGGAUUCACUUUUUCCACCUAAGCUUAGCGGUUGA